UAAGGAGCAGGGUUAUGGCUUCCAAUCUGUGGGAAGUGCUGAGUUCCCCCGGGCUGUUUGGGAACAUUUACCAGUUAGGUCAGUUUGCUGCACUGCUGUGCCUGGUUCUGCUGCUGCUGAAAGCCUGGGGGUUAUUUAUCAGGUGGAAAAGUCUCAAGGAUGCUUUGCAGAAUUUUCCUGGUCCCCCCAAACACUGGUUAUAUGGACACGCCAAUCAGUUCCGAGGAGAUGGGACAGAUAUGGACAGGGUUCUCGCAUGGGCAGAUAAAUAUCCUAAAGCAUUUCCAAUGUGGGUUGGACAAUUCUUCGCCAACCUCAUCAUUACUAACCCGGAGUAUGCAAAAGCUGUGUUUGCCAGAUCAGAUCCUAAAACACCAACUGGAUACAAUUUUCUUAUCCCAUGGAUUGGAAAAGGCUUGCUUGUCCUCUCAGGAGAUAAGUGGUUCCAGCACCGCAAGCUUCUCACUCCAGGAUUUCACUAUGACGUUCUGAAACCUUAUGUCAGACUGAUUUCAGAUUCUACAAAUGUCAUGCUGGAUAAAUGGGUUUCAUUUUCCAAUAAAGGUGAAACAGUGGAGCUUUUCCACCAUGUCAGCCUGAUGACACUGGACAGCAUCAUGAAAUGUGCCUUCAGCUUCCAUAGCAACUGCCAGACUGAUAAAGAUAAUUCCUACACGAAGGCUGUUUAUGAUCUCUCCUUCCUGGCUCAUCACAGGGCACGUACUUUUCCUUAUCACAAUAAUCUGAUUUACUAUCUCAGUCCCCAUGGAUUCCUUUUCCGUAAAGCCUGCAGAAUAGCUCACCAGCACACAGGUAAGGUUAUUAAACAGAGAAAAACAUUGCUACAGAAUAAGGGGGAGUUUGAAAAAGUCAAGCAGAAGCGCCACCCAGAUUUCUUGGACAUCCUUCUUUGUGCCAGGGAUGAAAAUGGUAAUAGUUUAUCUGAUGAGGACCUCCGUGCAGAGGUGGACACAUUUAUGUUUGAAGGACAUGACACAACAGCCAGUGGCAUCUCCUGGAUCUUAUACUGCAUGGCCAAAUACCCGGAGCACCAGCAGAAAUGCCGGGAGGAGAUCAGGGAAGUACUUGGUGAAAAGGAUUCUUUUGAAUGGGAGCAUCUUAGCAAAAUCCCCUACACCACAAUGUGCAUCAAGGAGAGUCUCCGCCUUUAUCCUCCAGUCCCAGGUGUAUCUAGGGAACUAAACAAACCAAUUACAUUUUAUGAUGGACGUUCCUUACCUGCUGGCUCCGUAAUUUUCAUAAAUAUUUUCUGCAUUCAUCGGAAUCCCAGUGUUUGGAAAGAUCCAGAGGUGUUUGAUCCACUCCGGUUUUCCUCAGAAAACUCUUCAAAGCGUCACUCCCAUGCUUUUGUUCCUUUUGCUGCUGGACCAAGAAACUGCAUUGGACAGAACUUUGCUAUGAAUGAACUGAAAGUGGCUGUGGCUCUAACGUUAAACCGUUAUGAAUUAUCCCCCGAUCUAUCCAAGCCGCCCCUGAAAUCACCACAACUUGUUCUGCGCUCCAAAAAUGGCAUCCACGUGUACCUAAAGAAAGCAAGCUAAUCAUGUACCUUAAGGGGCUGAUUUAUCACAUUUUACUGCGAUUUGUGCAAAUCAGAAAAAAUUAAAAACAUUUUCAUGAUUA